GUGCGUGAGUGCGUAUGUGUGUGACGUGUUGUAUCGUAUGUACAGACCUCCUCUACAUAACACAAGACAGCUACAAGUUGGAGGUGGAGUCUCCGUCUCCUGGGAGUUCGAUCACCCUAAUUGACAACAAUGUAGCAGACAGUGUAGCAACAGUAAACGGAAAUCGCCUGCUCCUUAAACCAGUACGACUACGCAUCAUAAGGUGAAGUGAAGGUGAGAACAAGAGCCCAACACUUCCUAAUCUCCUAAUGUGACAACUACACGUCGGGUGUCACUCUUGUCUUCCCAACCGAUUACCGCCAUCCACUGCAAAUUAACGACAUAGCAGACUACACAUCAAAAGCAGCACAACAGUGUGUACGUGCGCAUCAUUCCAACACACUGUCGCAAUCGAGUAGCUGUGAUAUCCCGUAGGUCAACAUCAAGUAUCCCGUACGAAUGAGAGGUGAAUGUUAUCUUGAUCAGGACGUCCGUCCGCUGGUUUUCUAGCUGUCCAACCGCUCAACGACCCGAGAGUGGAGACCAGAUCUCUACCCAACACGUCACAACCCUAACGACCCGUCCGAGAAGCCAUGAGAUCCGAAGCCUUUCUGCUUUCGUUCCUCGCUCUCUUCUCCUCGUUCUUCCGUCGAGUAUCAACAGGGGAUCCGCGAGAGAUCAACUUGCUCUGCUAUUGCAGCGUCUGUGUGGGAAACACGACCAAGUUGUGCACCGGACGGACGGAUAGCGUGCCAUACUGCUUGGUGGGAGUCACUACAUUCGAGGACAAGAGAGAAAUAAUUCAAGACUGCGCGUAUUCCGACAAAAUUGAUUGCCACAUUCCUAGACGUGGCUGUUGCAACGACAAACCGUUGUGCAACACUGCUCCAACGUUGCCACCGUCGUCGUCGGAACCCAAUGGUCCAAAACCAUCUAAUAAACCAAGCGAUCCAAGUAAAGCUAGUGACAACACCUUCAUCCUGUUGGCCUCUAUCAUCCCCGUCAGUGUCGUCUGCCUGUGUGUUGUGAGUUUUGUUUAUCUCGUCGCAAAAAUUCGGGAACGUAGAAUAACACGACAGCUGGACGUGCCCCAUCCUCAUGCAAACGGAGACGCUAACGGCAGAACAGCAGAAAACGGCCGAGUAAUGGCAUCACUAACCGACCUCAUGAGCAUCACAUGCUCAGGCAGUGGAUCAGGACUACCGCUUCUAGAACCGAGAACGAUAGCACGACAAAUUAAGCUCGAGCAGCGCAUUGGAGCCGGACGGUUCGGUGAAGUGUGGCUAGGGACGUGGCGGGGAGAAAACAUCGCUGUGAAAAUCUUAUCAUCCCGCGAUGAGCAGUCGUGGUUUCGAGAGGCAGAGAUGUAUCAAACUGUGAUGCUGCGACAUGCUAAUAUCCUCGGCUUCAUUGCUGCCGACAAUCGAGACAACGGAACGUGGACUCAACUGUGGAUGGUAAUGGAUUAUCAUCCGAAUGGCUCUCUCUAUGAUUUCCUCAGCGAUCGAUCGAUUUCUCUCCGAGAAAUGUAUAGAUUCUGUGUGUCCAUAGCGAACGGUUUGUCUCACUUGCAUAUGGAGAUCAUGGGGUCAAAGACGCAACCGGGAAUCGCAAAGAAGCCGGCAAUUGCUCACAGAGACAUCAAGAGUAAGAAUAUUUUGGUGAAGAAUGAUGGCGAGUGUUGUCUGGCUGAUUUGGGGUUGGCUGUUCGGCGUGAUCUCUUGCACGAGUCGAGUGAGUACAUGUUGAAUCUUGUGAAGCAGGGAACGAAGAGGUACAUGGCACCGGAGGUUCUCGAUGAUUCUAUCAAUUACUCUCUGUUUGAGUCGUUCAAACAAGGUGAUGUUUAUUCGAUGGGACUCGUGUUUUGGGAGAUUACGAGGUGUACUGAGGCAACGGACGUGAUGUCGGACUCGUACCAGUUGCCGUACUUUGAUGUCGUCCAGCCUGAUCCUUCGAUUGAGGAAAUGAAGAAGGUUGUUUGUAUUGAAGCCAGACGACCUUCGCUGCCAGACAAAUGGUACAAUAACGAGUGUUUUCACAUUAUGGUGAAAGUCAUGCAAGAAUGUUGGUACGUAAACAGUCAAGCCCGACUUACCGCUUUGCGAGUCAAAAGAAAACUGCAAUCCAUGGAAGAGUGGUUGAAGCUCUAAACCCUUCACACCAACAAACGACAGACACUAAGUUAGCUACCAGUUGUAUCAUAUCAGUUAGGGAUCGGAUUUUUAUUUCAGCGUGUAAAUGCAGUUUUAGCCCCAUGAGAGAUGCUUUGCUUUUUAGAUUGAGACACGCCCUUUUUCUCACUGUAGUAUUUCAUAAACCUACAGCAUUAGAUAUGUACCAUAACUGACAGUGAUAUAGAACGUAUCUAAUGACUCAGCGUCCCAGUUGAAUCAACUGGAAGUGGAGGAUAUGAAAUGUGAACCAACAGAUGGUUGGAA